UUAAUAAUAUUCUUAAAAUAUUAUUUUGAGAAAUUAAAGUGUACUGAUUUGCUUAUUUGGUCGUUUGACGCGCUUAAAUAAAGGAUAUCACUAUUGAUUUUUUAUUUUUUGUAACAACGUCUCUGGAGACUUCAUCAUCAAUAUGCAUGAGUCGUUGAGCUCCGGGCUUCCCCCGUUUCCCCUUUAUUGAUCUUUGUCUGUGAACUCUGAGCUGCUCGGAUUGCAGCCAAUAGUCAAGAUGAGACAACUCCAGGACCAUGUCUCCAGAUAGACUGGCAACAUAACAUCUAUUCUUUUUAUUAUGGUUAAAUUGAGAGACACCGGUUCAUUAUGGAUGCGAGCUCUAGGUUUAUCUUAACCGUCUGCACGCUGCUGCUCGUCGCGCGCAGUGACGGCUCUCCGUUCACCGACUGUAUUCAAGGCAAAGGGAAAGCUGGCUUUUACGAGGGAUUCAUAGACGUGACUGAAUCCGGUGUAAAAUGCAUGAACUGGAGCGAAGUGCCGGGUGUUAUAGAGCGGUAUCCGGGAAAAGGGCUUGGGGAUCACAGUUUGUGCCGAAACCCUGACGGUAGAAUUCGGCCGUGGUGCUUCUUUCCAAACAGCCGUGGACGCAUUGACUGGGGCUACUGUGACUGCAAACAAGGCUCUUUAAGGUUGCAAGGUGGCAAAUCUAAGUUGGAUGGCACAGUUGAAGUGUAUCUGAAUGGUGUGUGGGGAACCAUCUGCAGUAAUGGAUGGGAUGACAGGGAUGCCGCUGUGGUGUGUCGACAGCUGGGACAGGGAUAUAAGGCACAUGCACGUGCAAGUCCUCUAUUGCGUCUGGCAGUGUCUGUAGUUCACUGGCAGACUGUGGGAUGUGAAGGAGAUGAAGGAGACUUACUGCAGUGCAGUCGGACCGUCUGGAACGGAGGAGACUGUAUUAACCACCAGGCGGCUGCUGUCUCUUGCACCCCAGUGGAAGCCUCAGUGUUUGUCCCUGUGCGUCUCUCUGGUGGUCCAUCGGCGCAUGAGGGCAGAGUUGAGGUGUAUCAUGCGGGACAGUGGGGGACAGUGUGUGAUGACCAAUGGGACGACCACGAUGCUGAGGUGGUGUGCAGGCAGCUGGGGUUAGGGGGCAUUGCUAAAGCUUGGGUGGGAGCGUAUUUCGGACCUGGCUCAGGCCGUGUGCUAUUAGACGAAGUGAGCUGCACAGGAAAUGAGUUCUCCAUAGAACAGUGUCCAAAACCUGUCUGGGGGGAACACAACUGUGACCACACAGAGGAUGCUGGAGUCUCCUGCACCCCACUUACAGAUGGUGCCGUGCGUCUGGUAGGGGGGGUGAAAAGUUUUGAGGGCAGACUGGAAGUUCAUUACAAAGGCCAGUGGGGGACCGUGUGUGAUGAUGGCUGGACACAAACCAACACGCAGGUCAUCUGCAGGCAGCUUGGCUUAAGGUCAGGUGAAAGCGUGUCACCAAGGCGGUUCGGAGUGGCAGUGGGUCCAAUUUUGCUGGAUGAUGUCAUAUGUACAGGAAAAGAGCCCACUCUUACACACUGCAGCCGAAGGGGCUGGAUGAAACAUGACUGUACUCACAACCAAGAUGUAGCCGUUGUGUGCAGCUCCCAACGCUCCAGACAUGGAGCACCUACCAGUGUACCUGUGAGGCUGGUGGGCGGAGAGAAUGAGAGAGAGGGGCGUGUCGAGAUCCUGAUUGGUGGCCAGUGGGGGACGGUUUGUGAUGACGGAUGGACAGAUCGGGACGCAGAGGUGGUGUGCAGACAGCUGGGCUAUAGUGGGCUGGCAAAAGCUCGUGUAAUGGCCUAUUUUGGAGAAGGCGAUGGACCUAUCCACAUUGAUAAUGUAGAGUGCAAUGGUGGGGAACGCACACUGGCUGAUUGUAUCAAACAACCGUAUGGGACGCACAAUUGUCGGCAUAGCGAAGACGCUGGGGUUAUCUGUAACUAUGGCUUGCAGAAGGAUGCACCUGUUGUGAAAGAGGCAGUGAGCACCAUGUGUGGUCUAAGACUUUCUCAUGCCCGUCAGAAGAGAAUAAUAGGAGGGGAGAACUCUUUACGGGGAGGCUGGCCGUGGCAGGCAGCCGUGCGCUUACGUGGUUCUCAGGCAGAUGGACGCUUGGUAUGCGGAGCCACUUUGAUCAACAGCUGCUGGAUCCUCACCUCAGCUCAUUGCUUUAAGAGGUAUGGUAACAGCACUGGGCUAUAUAAAGUUCGUGUGGGGGAUUAUCACUCUCUGGUACCUGAGGAGUAUGAGGAGGAGUAUGCUGUGGAGAAGAUCAUCCUUCACCCACGCUACCAUGCUAACAGCAACGACUAUGACCUGGCACUGGUGCGCUUGUCCGGCCACAGAGCUCAUGGAGGAGGGAACUUGGGCGAAUGUGUCAAGCUGAGCCGUUUUGUCCUGCCCGCCUGCCUACCGGUUCGGAGGGAGAGAGCGCCAAAGGGCAUUUCCAACUGCUACAUCACAGGCUGGGGAGACACAGGUCGUGCAUAUUCGAAAACCCUUCAACAGGCUUCGAUUUCUGUGUUGAGCAAGCGUCAGUGUGAGCAGCGCUAUUCAGAUCAAUUCACCAGCCGCAUGCUGUGCGCCGGCUCUUCCCACGACGACCACCGUGUGGACAGUUGCCGUGGAGAUAGCGGUGGUCCAUUGGUGUGUGAGAGGUCAAGCGGAAGUUGGGUUGUAUAUGGGGUCACGUCAUGGGGUCACGCUUGUCGACUGCAGAAUGCACCUGGCGUCUACACAAAAGUCUCUGCCUUUGUGCCAUGGAUUAGAAAGGUCAUUGGACUUCUGUAGAAACAGUUCAGUCAAACAUUCUGAGAAAGCGGACAAAGAAAUGAAGCACAUUUUAAAGAAGCUUAAGAUUAUAGUUUAAUACAUUAACUCUAUUAUUUCAAAUGUGUCUUAAAGGGGCCAUGGCCUGAAAAUCAGACUUUUUCCAUGUUUAAGUGCUAUGAUUGGGUCCCCAGUGCUUCUAUCAACCUAGAAAAUGUGCAAAAGAUCAACCCAGUAACUUAGUUUUGGUAAACCAUUCUCUACAAGCACAUGAAAAAAAAUGUUGGCCCUCUUUAUGAUGUCAUAAGGAGCUCUUAUUAUAAUAAUACCGCCCCUUAAUCUGCACUAUCCAACCACAGCACUGCCAUUUAGUGCAGAGAAAAGCACAAUUGAGUUUUAAUUGCAACAAACCACCAUCAUUGUGAUCAGUGUUUGAAUUUCAUGAGCUCAUUUGUACAUUUUUGCACACACCUACAAAGUGGCAAUUUUAACAUGAUAUAAUAAAUUAUUUAUAUGGUAUUUUGAGCUAAAACUUCACAUAUGUGCUCUGGGGACACCAAAUAUUUAUUUGACAUCUUAAAAAAGUCUUGUGCCAUGUCCCCUUUAAACAUCGUACAUGUGCCGUAAGUCUUACUUAGCAUAUAGUCAACGUAAAAUUAAACUUUGCACUGAAGUAUUUUAUUUUAAAGGGACAUUUUUACAGCGAUCCAUUUAUUGGUCUUAGAUUGGCAUCGUUUAGUGUCUUCUUUCAUUUCUGUUUUUAAAUGGAAGCACUUCUAGGUUGAAGGGACCACAAAAGCGAGUGUCUUAAAGAAUGUGACUCCUUAUUUGAUACUAUUGAGCACUCAUACUACUAUUGAAAAUGUAAUGUUUUAUUUUGAUAUAUAGCGGUUUCAAGAAUGUGCUGACGCCUUGAAAUGACAAACUUUAGUGCUGAAUUGGGAUUAUUCUGGAUUACUGGCCAAGAAACGUAUGGCAGUUCUUAUCCACUGGCAUGUGGUUAACAUGCCAUUGCUAAGUAACCAACAACAUCACCUCAACAACACAUUAGGUGACAUCAUUACUCCUCCAUAGGAAGAAUGACAUCAUUUGUAACACAUCAGAUUUUGAGCUUGCCGCAUCCCAACACAAAGAGAAAAAUCUAAAAGUAAAGAAAAACAUAUUUGUACACACUCUUUUCCAAAAGUAGGAGAACAGGGGGAUCUGUAAAUUAUGUGCAAUUGCAAAGCUGUUUACAAAUGUUUAUACCUCCUUGUAAGGAACAAAUGUCAUCUUAACCAUUAAGGAUUUGAAGUAAACCAAGUAUGUUUAUGUGUCAUGAUGUGGUUGUGGAUGUGUAUCACAUGCUGUGUUAAUGCUAGCAUAAUUAAUAAUCAAGUGUCUAUUGUUUAGGAAAAUAGCAUUAAUGAAAGUAGUAUAAAAUGAUUCAUUUUAAAUGCAAUCUAUUGGUCCAGAAAAAAUGUGACCAAUCACAAGCCCUGUAAUUUUGCACAAACAAAAGCAUUGCAGUUUAGCUGAGCUGCAGGCUUUUGGAAAUCUAGUCAUUUUCUAUACAUCAAUCAGUCAUUAUGUUCCCUUCUGAUUUACUGUACAGUUAAAUUGUAAACAAAUGUUCAACAUUUUGUUUAGUACUGCCUUGUAUGUAUGUUUGAUUGAAUAUUUCUGUACUCCUUGUGGCAUGGUGCUAUUGUUUUUGCAUAAAAUUAGUUUGUAAAGUCUUGUGUUGUGAUGCAGAAGUGAUUUUACAACAAAACAAAAACAUUUUUCUUUAAUAUUAUAAAGUUUGAAAUGUGAUGUAGA